GGGGGGGGGGAAAAAUCAUAUUUUUAACAUUCGUACACGAGAUCCAAUGAGUUAUCGGGAUGGACAUUUUUUGCAGUGAACGAACCGAGUGGGACUAACCAAUGGAGAGAAGGAGAGGGCUUGGCUAUAACCUUAGCCUCCCAUUUUCUCUCUCUCCCUAUCCCCCCCCUCUCCUCCUCUCCUCCUCCUCUAUGCAGGGCUCUGGCCAGUCAGUCGCCUUUGAUUAUCAGUCUCCAGCAGCCCCUCUCUUGGCUCCUUGACACGAGCACCAUAUAAGGCGCAGCGAUCUCCAUAGAAACGUGUCAGUUUCAAUAGUAGUGUCAAAGUUCACUAUAUACAGACAUUCGCGCAGAUCCCCCGUUUCGGAAACAUUGCUCUGCUGGUCCUCUCGUUUAAGCGCAUUCAUUUUUUGGGUCUCUCCUUCUUCUUGCAUAUUCUAUUAGUUGUUGGUGUUUUUCCUCUUCUUUUUUUUUUAUCUUUUCUCUUCGUAUCUCCGUUCCUCCUGCUGGAGAGAGGUGAAACUAUACAUGGGCACUUCGUUCGGCGACGCGGUUUUCUUUCGCUGCUGGGCGAGAUGAUGAUGUUUGUUUAAGAAUAUAGAUGUAAAAAUCCGGCUCUUCAGUUUUUCCUCCACUCCGACACGGCGAAGACGGGAGUGCAAAGGAGCAAGGGGAAGGAAAGAGAAAGGAAUUUAUCUCCGCAGCACUUUGGAUCGCGUCUUUCCAGCAAAAGGUUUUUUUUUUUGUUACUCGUUCCUGCGUCCAUGUGAAUCGCUCCUGCCUUUCCUUUGUGGCUAUUUUAUAUCAAACUGCAAUUUGUUACGUCUGGACUCGGGUUUCCUUCAAGAUUGGGGAUUCCUGAAUGGCUGACUGCAAUUUACCUUGGAACUGGCCUCCCGAUACUUGCAAAUCCUGAUCGGGUGCCUAUUCAAUCGCCCUCCUGUAUUCUGAAUGUAUUGAUCGCGUUGUUCUGCCCUUCUUACCCCAUCUGAGAUUGCGUGCUCCGAUUUGACUUUGCAUUGCCCCGUCUUUUGAGAUCUAUUUUCCUCCUCUGCGCUUCCUAAACACCGGCGAUCAUUUCGCUUUAUAGCACUUUCCGGGGCCGAGAUAUGGCAAUGGUAGUUAGCGUCUGGCGAGAUCCGCAGGAAGACGUGGCCGGAGGACCUCCGAGCGGCCCCAACCCAGCAGCGCAGCCGGCGAGGGAGCAGCAGCAGACGGCGUCGGCGGCGCCGCACACUCCGCAGACCCCCAGCCAGCCGGGACCCCCGUCCACACCGGGCACCGCCGGGGACAAGGGGAGUCAGAAUUCUGGACAGAGUCAGCAGCAUAUUGAAUGUGUGGUUUGCGGAGACAAAUCGAGCGGCAAACACUACGGCCAGUUCACCUGCGAGGGAUGCAAAAGUUUCUUCAAGAGGAGUGUACGGAGGAACUUAACGUACUCAUGUCGUGCCAAUAGGAACUGUCCCAUUGACCAGCACCACCGAAACCAGUGCCAAUACUGUCGGCUGAAGAAAUGUUUAAAAGUGGGAAUGCGCCGGGAAGUUCAGCGAGGACGAAUGCCUCCAACCCAGCCCAACCCAGGCCAGUACGCGCUGACGAACGGGGACCCCCUGAAUGGCCACUGCUAUCUGUCCGGAUACAUCUCGUUACUGCUGCGGGCCGAGCCCUACCCGACGUCCCGGUACGGGAGCCAGUGCAUGCAGCCCAACAACAUCAUGGGGAUCGAGAACAUCUGCGAGCUGGCGGCUCGCUUGCUCUUCAGCGCCGUGGAGUGGGCGAGGAACAUCCCCUUCUUCCCCGACCUGCAGAUCACCGACCAGGUGUCCCUUCUCAGGCUGACGUGGAGCGAGUUGUUUGUGCUUAACGCGGCCCAGUGCUCCAUGCCCCUGCAUGUGGCCCCUCUGCUCGCCGCGGCGGGCCUGCACGCCUCCCCGAUGUCCGCGGACCGCGUCGUGGCUUUCAUGGAUCACAUCCGGAUCUUCCAGGAGCAAGUGGAGAAGCUUAAGACGCUGCACGUAGACUCGGCAGAGUACAGCUGCCUCAAGGCCAUCGUGCUCUUUACAUCAGACGCUUGCGGUCUGUCGGACGCUGCUCACAUCGAGAGCCUACAGGAGAAAUCCCAGUGCGCCCUGGAGGAGUACGUGAGGAGCCAGUACCCGAACCAGCCCAGCCGCUUUGGGAAGCUCCUGCUGCGGCUGCCCUCUCUGCGCACCGUCUCCUCGUCGGUAAUCGAGCAGCUGUUCUUCGUCCGCUUGGUAGGUAAAACUCCUAUUGAAACCCUCAUCAGGGAUAUGCUAUUAUCCGGGAGCAGCUUCAACUGGCCUUACAUGUCCAUCCAAUGAUCCUUAUAUGAAAGUGGAAAAAAGAGAGGGAAAAAAGGACCAAAAUUCAGCGCCCCUCACCCCAUCCUCCUCCAAGAAGACUAUAUAUAGGACCUUUUCUGAGAAAACUUGGAAGACAUUACUUUUUUUCUUGUCUUCUGGGACUGUGAUGGAAUACAUUAUGUACAGAAAAAUAUUGGAACUGGACUUUACACCUGUGUAAAUCCACCCCUCAUCUUCAAGAACAAUACUCUUCAUUUUGUAAAAUACUAGUCUUUAUUUUCCUUUUUUUUUUUUGUAAAAAAAAUACAAAUAAAAUGAAAAACAUCAUAUGCGCAGUAAGAAAAAAAGAAUCAAGACUUAGCGGGAAAAAUAAUGUUUCCAAGCAAUUAUAAGAAUUGUCCUGUGUCUAUGUACCUCUCUGUUUUGUAUUUUUUCUGGUUCUAAACCAGGGUUUCUGUGAUUCUAUACUAAUAAUUUUUUGAUAUAACCUUUUGCUUCUUAUAAUGAGUGCGAUAUAUGUUGUCGAAGCUAUGUUCUCCAAGAAUUAAAAUUGAAGUGAGAAUUUAAAAACAGAAAAAUAAAGAAAUUUAGACAAAUAAGAAACAGUCUAAUCGCUAUGACAAUAUCACCACUGAUGGUUGAACUUUUUCCCCAAUUGAUACGAUGGACCUGCAACAGCAGCAAACUGACCUCCAGGACAUUUUUACUGAGAGGACGUCUGGGGCGCCUUUCCCCGGGCCAUGAAUGCGCGUGGAGUCGAUCAUCAGUCAAAGAGGAGAGACAUGAAAAUCAAAAGCACUUUUAAUAUAUCAUUUCAAAUACAUUUUGUUUGUUUCGUCUUGAAAAUUUCCAUUGUUUCUUGAAUUUUAUUGGUUGUUGCCUUCAAUUUGCUUACUCCAUGAUGCAGCUUUUUGCAGAAGGGUCGGUUGAUGAAGUUGUGUGAUGGUGACUGUACUAUUAAAAAAAGAAAUAGGCAA